AUGCCGAUCACCGGCAUCCCGGAGGAGUUCCCGCUAACUUGCUUCCGGUCAACGUCCACCGGGGCAGCCGAUGCCGUGAGGGGAAGAGUUGGAUUCAGCCAGGGAAUCCACAUGUGGGCGAUCCACUGGCCUGCUGAGCUCCGUGGCUUGCACCCUAUGGUGGGUGUGGGUACAAAAGCCGCUGAUCUACACGGCAACGGAAUCAAUUCUAUCGUGGGGAGUGACGACCAGUCCUGGGGAUGGAACCUGAGCACUCUGAGACUACGUCACGACUGCAGCAUGGACAGUGCCGACUAUCCUGUUGUAGCACCUUACGAUGAUUUUGAAGUGCCCGACAGUUUUGGUGUUGUACUGGACAUGUACAAGGGAACACUGGGUUUCCUCAUCCGAGUUGGCGACAGAAGAUGUUACCUUGGAGAUGCCUUCACCGGGCUGCGUGGGAAGGUGCUAUUUCCCAUUAUCAGCACCAGCUCAGUGCCCUGCCAGGUCACCAUCACUUACAACGGCGGCUUGGACUCGGAACCCCGCUCCUUGAUGGAGAUUUGCAAGAAGUCCAUCAUGCAGACUGUUGAAGAUGACGACCUUGAAAUGAUAGAAGAGCUGGACUUGCCUCAGACAGUUAUUAAGUAUUUAUUAGGCUAG